AUGGAACGUAAAAUAAACAGGAGAGAAAAAGAAAAAGACUAUGAGGGGAAACACAACAGCCCUGAAGGUACUGAUCAAGGAAAGAGCUGCAAAAUGCUGACGACUCUCAAUGUUGGUGGAUAUUUGUAUAUUACUCAAAAACAAACACUGACCAAGUAUCCAGAUACUUUCCUUGAAGGUAUAGUCAAUGGAAAAAUCCUUUGCCCCCUUGAUGCAGAUGGUCACUACUUCAUAGACAGGGAUGGACUCCUUUUCCGACAUGUUCUGAACUUCUUACGGAAUGGAGAACUUCUACUACCAGAAGGAUUUCGAGAAAAUCAACUCCUGGCCCAAGAGGCAGAAUUCUUUCAGCUUAAAGGGCUGGCUGAAGAAGUGAAAUCAAGGUGGGAAAAAGAACAGCUAACAUCCAGAGAGACUACUUUCUUGGAAAUCACUGAUAACCACGAUCGCUCACAAGGUUUGAGAAUCUUUUGUAAUGCUCCUGAUUUUAUAACAAAAAUUAAAUCUCGCAUUGUACUGGUGUCUAAGAGUCGGCUAGAUGGAUUUCCAGAGGAGUUUUCAAUAUCUUCAAAUAUUAUUCAAUUUAAAUACUUCAUAAAGUCUGAAAAUGGCACACGACUUGUGCUAAAGGAAGACAAUACCUUUGUCUGCACCCUGGAAACUCUUAAGUUUGAGGCUAUUAUGAUGGCUUUAAAAUGUGGCUUUAGACUGCUGACCAGUCUCGAUUGUUCCAAAGGGUCAAUUGUUCACAGCGAUGCACUUCAUUUUAUCAAGUAA